AUGAAUGUUCCACCAUCAAUGCCACCCUAUUUCCAAUGGAUUAUUGAUAAACGUUUAGCCAUAUGUGCUCAUCCAUAUCACGCAUCACACAUCCGCUAUUUACUUGAACAACGUAUUCAAACCGUGAUUUCUAUCAAUGAUAACUAUAGUUCUGGCAUGCCAAAUCAUACUCGUGGUGAAUUACGUGUUCACAAUAUCUACGUUCCUGAUGGAGCUGCACCAAAUAUGGCACAGUGUCAACAAUUUGUUCGUAGCAUGGAUAUCGCUCGACAACGCGGAGAGGGUGUGGUCGUCGAAUGCACUCGUGGUAAAGGAGCAACUGGUGUACUAGUAGGUUGCUACCUUUUAGCCAUCUGGCAAGCUCCACCUGACUAUGUGGUUAACCAUCUACGCCUUAUUCGACCUAUAACAUUAGAAACAACCGCUCAAGAACAACAAAUAAUCGAUUUUCAUAAAGCGAUCGCUCCUAACCAACGUCAUUUCUACAAUGAUGUCAAUGAGCCUGAUAGUUGGGAUGUCGAUACAAGUUACUUGAAAACAACACCACUCGCGACUACUAAUCAACUCUCAUUGGCUUGA